UUGACUGUCUUGCGUGUAUUUUGUUCAUGGCUGGAAAAUGAAUAGGUUGUGCAAUUUAUUUUUACACCACUGUUUCUCAAAGUUUUCGUCCCUAAGUAAUCGUUAAUUGAUCCGACUUGUGGCUAUGGUUACUUAUAAUAAUCGAACAGUGUAUAUUAUACUCUCUGGAUAGCUUACCAGGCACAUUUUACGACUGCAUAUGGGAAUUGUGUGGUGUUGACAACUGUAAAUUAUCGUCUUAUUAUAAUUGGCUUUCCGAUUCUAAUUCCCACUCGGCCAUAGGCUCCAGGAUGAAUUGCCGCUCGUCGGAAUGCUUGAGUGGGGUUUACUUGGCUCGCCUGACAGCUUAGUAGUACGCGACGUGAUGAUUUUGUCCACACGUCAUAACGGAUUUAAGAUUCGCAAAAGCUAAAGUAAUGCUAACGAGCUAACAGUAAUGGACUGGCAGCCUUUGGAAAUUAACCCUGAGAUGCUGAACAAACUGCUCUUUAAGUUGGGUGUAGGUAGAGGUUGGCAGUUUGUUGACAUCAUGGGACUGGAAGAGGAGGCUUUGUCCUGGGUGCCUUCACCCUCCUGUGCUGUCAUGUUGCUUUUCCCACUCACACCGCAGCACGAGGCUUACAGAGAGAAACAGACAGAGGCGAUGGGUGACAGCCACAAGCCGGAAUCUGAGGUUUACUUCAUCAAGCAGACCGUGGGGAACUCCUGUGGGACGCUUGGCCUGCUGCACGCCGUGGCCAACAACGCACACAUACUGGAGUUUGAGGCUGGUUCUGUAAUUAAGAAGUUUCUGGAUGAUACGGCCAGCAUGUCUGCAGAUGACCGAGCCAAGUGGUUGGAGACAAACCAGGAAAUCCAAGCAGCCCAUGAAGAGGUGGCUGCAGAGGGACAGUGCCAGGUGGACCCAGACAAAGUUAACUUUCACUUUAUCACUUUCAUCAGUGUGGUUGGACAGCUUUAUGAACUGGAUGGCAGACUGGAUUACCCUGUGAAUCAUGGGUCUACAACAGUGGAUAACUUCAUAAAGGAUGCCGCUGGGAUCUGCUGUCAGUUUAUGGAGCGGGAAAAGGACGAGGUUCGCUUCUCUGCAGUGGCUUUGUGCAGAACCUGACCUGGACCGGCCCUUCAUAAGAACGACUAAAGCAAUCCUGUCUCCAACUUGGUCUGGGUCUUUUCUUCCUCCGGGCUCGUACCUGUCGCUCUACAGUCAUGUGUCAAUAAUUUCAGUAAACUUAUUAAUCUGAAAUGAAUGUAAAAAAUAAUUUCUCCCCUAUUUUCUCCCAAUUUGGUUGCCAAUUGUACCCUAGCCAACGCCUUAGCCGUGCGGCAGUUUUAAAAAUGUAUUUAUUAGUUUUUUCUUCAUUAUUCCUUUACCUGUAAGGAAGUGUACAUACGGUUCCUAAUGGACUCAUAUAUACAGUAUACUCUGUUAGUGUUGAUUUAACACUGAACAUUUUACUGCGUGUUUCUACUCAAAAGCUGGAAGGUAACAUUUCCUUAUAGGGAUGCCUUUUCACAAAAUGCCUAAUCUGUUUGGGAUCGCUGAGCUGCCUUAUGGGGUUUUGCUGCCAUCUGUUGUUGCAGAGAGCCUGUUCAAGUCCUUAAAAUGAUAUCUGACUUAUAGGUAAGAUUUUUGCGUUAAAUAAUUGGUACAAGACCAUUGUAAAUCCCUUCCUAUUUUGAAAAAGGUUCACUCACCCUCUGCCUGCGUUUUAAGUUCAGGUUUCAAAAUAUGCAGUUGACAGACUUGGCGGCACGGAUGGUGCAGUGGGUAGCACUGCUGCCUCACAGCAAGGAGGUCCUGGGUUUGAAUCCCGGUCAGCCAGGGCCUCUGUGUGGAGUUUGCAUGUUCUCCCCGUGUUCGUGAGGGUUUCCUCCGGGUACUCCGGUUUCCUCCAACAUCAGUGUGUUGACAGAGAAGGGGGAGGGAUAAACAGUGUUGUGUGUUUGAGGGUGUUUGUUGCUGCAAUUCCUCUCUUGACCGUGAGAAGUCCAAAAUAACCUAUUGUACCUUUAAGAUGUAAUUCUUUGAAAGGACAUCUUCUUAUAAAAUAAUGUUUUGGUGAAAACAGAAGUUCUUGUUACACUGGGAUGUCAGUGGCUAUACUGACUCAAUAGCAGUCAAUAAAGGUAAUAAUUUUUUUGCACACAUCUUA